GCGCGGUGAAUCCCGCUGGGCGGCCAGGUCCCCGCGGGUGCCGGGGACGCAGAAAAACCAUGUCUUCCUCCAGACUGGGGCUCCGUUUGGCUGGCUGCUUACUAAAUGUUUCCGAAGGCAGAAGAAAACACAUUGUUGAGAACAUAGCAAAAGCGGCUCUUCUUGACAAAAAUGGAUUGAACCAUCCUGAAGUAUCGGUGCUCAAUAUAUUUUCUGAUCAAGACUACAACAGAUCAGUUAUUACAAUAGUGGCUUCUGUUGAGAAGCUGGGCAGCUCCGUUCUGGCUGCUUGCUUGGAAGCCUUCCAAGCUAUAGAUAUGGAGGCUCAAGAGGGGAUUCACCCAUGCCUGGGUGCAGUCGACCUCAUCCCCAUCUACCCUCUCACUGGAGUCCGGAUAGAAGAGUGUGGAGCACUGGCCAGAAGCCUUGCUCAGAAUCUGGUCAUGCACAUACCUGGCUGUAGUGUGUUUCUCUUUGGUGAAGCUGACCUGCCUGGGAAACGCAGUCUUGUCCAGAGACGGAAGCAGCUGGGCUGGUUCACAAGGAGAAAUUUCAGUGACCUUCAGCCUGACCUGGGGGCUACUCCUGCCAGAAGAUGUGGUCUAACAGGUGUUGGUGCCAGUCUCUAUGUGAUGAACUGCAAUGUUACCAUAGAUUCCCAUGACUUGUCAGCAGGAAGAGAGAUUGCUACUGCAAUUCGAGGCUCAAAUCCACAUGGACUGAAGGGUGUCCAAGCAAUGGCUUUUCCCCAUGAAGGGAAAAUUGAGAUUGCUUGCAAUGUAGAGAGUUUUGAAGACCAUGAAGCUACAGAGAGCUCAGAAGACACUCAGUAUGUGGCUUACAAUGUCCUUGGGCACCAGUAUACUUAUGUGUCUCCUCAUUACAUAGAAGCUCAAGUUAAAAAGUUGGCAAAUGAUCGGGGAAUUGGUACCAUAGGGAGAGCAUUGGUUGGAUUUACUCCCCAAGAGUGCAAGAAGUGUGCUGAAUAUGCUAUAAAGGAAAAUAUUGGGGAAUUCUGGAAGAUUCGAGAAGGUGUUUUCAUGUGAUCCCAUCUUCAUUGAAAAUUUAAUCAAAAAUAUCAGUUAUUAUCAAGAUUCAUUUUGGUUAUUGAGGGUGAGAAGCGGACACAGAGAACGAGGAAGCAUUUUCAGAUGUUUAUUUAGUUUAGAAUUGUUCACCAUCACUAGUACUGAUAUUAGUCAUCAUUAAAAUUUCAUGCAAGCCUUUUCUAUGUUUAAGUAGAUUAGAUACCAUUCUGAAAUACAUGGAUAAGGUGACUGUGACUAUGAAAGAUCAAAUCAUCUUUGAUUUUUGUGAAUAAAAAUAAAUAUGGAUUUGA